AGGAGCUCGCGCCAAGCAUGAAAGUUGUGGCAUGUGUCAACAUUGUUUCAAGUUGCAUUGCAAUUUAGGGAAACAUGCGUAACUAUCUACAUACUUUAGCAAUUUCAGUGGGUUAAUCCUCGUAUGUCAAACAGUUUGUUGCAAUAUUAGUGCACACCAACGAGCUAGCUAGACGUUGCUGCCGAGUUGGUGUCAGUCUUUGUAUUUGUGUUGUUGCUAGCUAGCUAACAAACCAGUACAGUAGUAGCUAGCAAGAUCAGUAGCCUACUAGCCGCUGUAAUCAGAAAAACACUGAAAGGUAGUUGACUGGCGUUGCACGAUGCCUCCGCUGACAGUGAAAGGGAUAACUGUGGAUUUCCCUUUUGAUCCGUAUGAAUGCCAAAAGGAGUACAUGAGCAAAGUGAUUGAGUGUCUACAAAAUAAACAGAAUGGCGUUUUGGAGAGUCCGACGGGUACUGGUAAAACACUGUGUCUUCUGUGUUCCACACUGGCCUGGAGAGACCAUUUCAAAGACUCCAUCUCUGCGCGCAAGAUAGCAGAGAAGCUGAAAGGAGCAGAGCUGUUCCCCGACAGACCCUUGUCAUCAUGGGGUACUGCAGCAACAGAUGGCGACACACCGACUUACUAUACUGACAUUCCGAAGAUCAUCUAUGCAUCCAGGACACACUCUCAGCUGACUCAAGUCAUCAACGAGUUAAAGAACACCUCGUACAGGCCCAAGGUGUGUGUGUUAGGAUCCAGGGAACAGCUCUGCAUCAACCCAGAGGUGAUGCGACAGGAGAGCAACCACAUUAAGGUUCACAUGUGCAGGUCCAAGAUCUCCACCCGGUCCUGCGUCUUCUACAAUAACGUGGAAGAGAAAAGCACGGACAAAGAGUUUGUAAAUUCCAUUCUGGAUGUGGAGGACUUGGUGAAAGCUGGCAGCAAACAGAGGGUUUGUCCUUACUACCUAUCUCGGUCUUUGAAACAGCAGGCAGACAUCAUAUUCAUGCCUUACAACUACCUCCUGGACCCAAAGAGUCGCAGAGCACACAACAUCGAGUUGAACGGGGCAGUGAUCAUUUUUGACGAGGCGCACAAUGUGGAGAAGAUGUGUGAGGAGUCCAUGUCGUUUGACCUGACGCCCUACGACUUGGCGUCUGCCAUCGACGCCGUGGACAAGCUUCUGGUGGAGCAGGCUAAGGAGGCUGACCAAGGACAAGCCAGCCAAGACUUCAAUGUGGAGUCCUUAAACUCAGGGUUGAAGUUGGACAUUACGACGAUUGCCAAAAUAAAACAGAUCCUACUCGAUCUAGAGGUUGCCAUAGAUUCUUAUGAAGUUCCAGAGAAGGGUAUUACCAAACCUGGCAGUUUCAUUUACGAGAUAUUUCAGAAGGCACACCUUACCCUAGACUCCAAGACUGCUGUGUUUGAAGCUCUGGACCAGAUCACAGGAUAUCUGUCAGGACGACCUGGAAUAUUUAUGAACACGACUGGAUUGCAGAAGUUGUCAGAGAUCAUUCAGCUGGUGUUCACAAGCGAUCCACAAGAGGGCGGUGGAGGAACGCAGAUGCAGUCUAAUACGGCUCUGUUCAAGGUCCACAUACAUAGAGACACCAGUCAUCACAAGAAAAAACAAAACAAUGACAUAUGGUCUUCGUCUUCAAAAAAACAAGGAAAUGUUCUAAGUUACUGGUGCUUCUCGCCUGGAUUCAGCAUGAAGGAGCUGAAGGGCCAGGGAGUCCGCAGCAUCAUCCUCACCAGUGGCACCCUCUCUCCUCUCUCCUCUUUCACGUCUGAAAUGCAGAUACCAUUCCCUGUGUGCCUGGAAAAUCCUCAUGUGAUUCAGCAUGAUCAGAUAUUUGUCAGCGUGAUCGACAGAGGACCUGACAGCGUACAGCUGAGUUCAGCCUUUGACAGAAGAUUUCUGCCUGACAAUAUGGCGUCUUUAGGAAACACUGUCGUGAACCUGAGCCGGGUGGUUCCUCAAGGCCUGCUCGUGUUCUUCCCCUCCUACCCUGUGAUGGACAAGACCCUGGAGUUCUGGAGGGCCAAUGGACAUGCGGACCGUAUCGAGAGCAUGAAGCCCAUGUUUGUGGAGCCCAGGGGAAAAGGAACCUUCACCGAGAUCAUUGAUGGUUAUUAUGACAAAGUGGACAGCGCAGAAUCAAAAGGAGGAAGCUUCUUUGCCGUCUGUCGUGGGAAGGCGAGCGAGGGCCUGGACUUUGCCAACUCGUACGGCAGAGCCGUCAUCAUCACAGGCCUCCCUUUCCCUCCCAGGAUGGACCCUCGGGUGAUCCUCAAGAUGCAGUUCCUGGAUGAGAUGAGCAGGAAGAGGGUCCCUGGGGUGAAGUACUUGACGGGGCAGGACUGGUAUAAGCAGCAAGCCUACAGAGCAGUGAACCAGGCCAUUGGCAGAGUGAUCCGCCACAGAGAGGACUAUGGUGCUAUCUUCCUAUGUGACCACAGAUUUAAAAGCACAGACGCUCGCGCCCAACUGUCGUCAUGGGUACGGCCCUACCUGCGCACGUACAACAGUUUCGGGAAUGUGGUCCGGGACGCCGCCCAGUUCUUCAGAGUAGCACAGAAACUGAGGCCUCCUACAGAGAAGAAGCCAGCUAAGAGGAGCUGUGGAACAGUGAGCUCCGAUGAGGCACCCUGCUCCACACCCUGUGUUUCCUCUCAGAGCACCACCCUAAACCAGAAGGCCAAAUCACUAGAUUCUCACGUACCCAGCUUAAAAAGACGGAGGUUAAAUGAGCCCGGUGGAGGAGAUGGCAUGGCGAAGCUGUGUGUCGAGUACGAGGCUGACAUGGAGGCUAGCAGGAGGAGGCCGGCCGGCCUGCUGGACGCUUUGGACAGCAGCGACCGGCGCUACGCAGAGGACGAGGAAGCACUGGCGGGGGAAGAGAGGGCCUUUCGCAUGUCAACUCUAUCUCUUCAGUACGACAAGCGCUUGGAUGACGAAUCCCGAGGCGGGAAACGUAAAAUAAAAGUGGUCCAUGAACGGAUGACUAACUUUGUGACGGAGGCGGCAGAGGAAAGCAAAUCGGGAAAAGCCAAAGGUUUCCUAGAGGAGAUGAAGAGGUCACUAAGCCAGGUAAAUUUCCAGCUCAUCAUGCAGGCUCUGCAGACGUACAAGAAGACAGACAGCCUAGAGGAACUUCUGGGCCAGGCAGCUAACCUCUUCACCGCAGAUACCAACACACACAGUCUGUUCCGAGGCUUUUACCAGUUCAUACGCCCUCAUCAUAAGAAGAGGUUUCAUGAGACGUGUCUGGAACUGACCGGACAGGGCUGUGGAUACAAACCUGAACACUCGCUCUCGAAGGUGGACAAGGAAGCACUGAUGCAAAGCGGAGAAGUAAAGGCAACGGGUGUCCUACCAUCUGCAUCCAGUAGUAUUUCGACACAGCUUGACUCCUCCAAGCAACUCAACCAGGGUGGCUGUCACCUUGGUAACAACACAAGUGCUGCAGAUGGGUCUCAUAUUGUAGACCAAGAACCAGUCCAGCCCACGCAGAAAAGCCAAAUAUACUCUAAAUAUAUCUCAGAUGUGAAAAAAGCAAUUGGACUAGACAAAUCCAAUCGAUUGUUCCAGGCCAUUCAGAACUAUAAAAAGACAGACAACUAUGAAGAUCUGGUCGCCAUAGUAGUGAGCUUGUUGACUGAAAAAAAUGAAGACUUCACUCUGCUGGAUACGUUCGGACUGUUCAUUAGACCUCACCACAAGAAGCAGUACAAGGAGAUGCUGGAUGCAUUAAUAGGUGACUCUGUAUCAACAGUAUCUUCUGAGAAUUCAGACCAACUGUUACAAGACUCUAUGGUCUCGACACCUGGGAAAACGCAAAGCAAGAUCAACUCUUUCUUUAGUAGCAGCCAGCGGAAAUGAAAAGCUGCAUCAUGAUG